GUUCCAAAAUUACACCCGCUUCCACACCCUGACCGCCUUAAAUCACCUCAAGGCAAUGAGAAACAUGAGCAGAUUCCAUGCGCUGCAUGCGAAACAGGCGCGUAUUUUCGCAUGAUCAUUUCCCAAGUCGCACUCUCCCCCUUAGACAGCGAUGCUGCCUUCCAUCGUGUUGGCAGCGAUUUUCUGUUGGAGGAGAGUUGGCAAACAUUCAGACUAUAUAAACGCCCAGAAUGGAAUUAAAUUCUGCCCUCUGGGCAUUUGGUCAAUUUAUAACUAUACAGAGAAGAUUAGCAUGGCCCCUGCACUAAGGAUGGUGAGUUCGAACCCCAGCUUCGGCAAAUACUUUCGCACUUCAAAACACUUUACUAAUAACUUUCAGACACAUGCGAGCACGAGACUACUCCGUUUUUUUGCAGUUUUUCUAAAGUGCUUGAGAGAUCUUUGGCUUUCUUUUGAUUUGUUCGAUAGGAGAGAUCGGUGAAGAUGGUUUUGGUUGGUGGCGAUGUAAAGCGCAGUUGUGCACGACGCCAUCUGAGGCGCUUGACGUUAUAUUUU